GGGACCAUUCUGAUCUCUUAUAUAAGUUGUCUAAAGAUGCAGUUAAGCAAGGAAAAACAAACAUCCAGAACAGCAUUGACCAAAGAUAUGAGAAAAAAGAGAGCGACUCAAGUUCCUUGUCUGAAAUUGAGAGUGGAAAGGAAAGUGGUGAUUGCCUCCCCGCGUUAAAUUAUCAAAAUUCCACCUGUGUCAAGCUCGGUUCAAGGAUUGUUCGUGUUAAUGAUACAACUGGCAAAAUAUCAGAUGCAGCCGGAGACAGGGCUAUAGAAACCUCUGCAGGAUUGCUCUUCUCUUGUUUUGACAAUAUCAAUAAAACGGGAGUCGCUAAGGCUGAAAAGCUGAGAAACAGGCAUUUAAGUGCAGCUGAAACGGAACACAAAUGGAAUGUUUGGCGCAACAGAAAGCUGAGCGGAGAUGCUCUAAUGGAGCUCAUGAAGAAUCAGAUCAAUCAGGAAGCCAGGCCUGAAGAAAUUGUGGAGAAACUGGGCGUGGAUGCUGAAAUUCUCACUAAAAUGUUUGAGAAAAGAAUGAGGCCGAAGACCCUCGACCUCCGGCCGGCUGCUUUGGGACCUGCUCGGAAGAGCCAUCGGGAGAAAGAGUCUAGCGAUGAAGACGUAGCCUACGAGAACGGCCUAGUGGAUAAGACCGAGUCGCCGGUUAUAUUCGAUUUGGAAGACCUGGAUAACGAACCCAUCCCGCAAGUGAAACCCCUGAAGCCGAUGCAUAAAAAGGCCAAGAAGAUUCAGCGGGCUGUCAGCGUUCCCGUGAAGCCCGUCGAGAAAGUUAAUGUUGAAACUGGCUUUGAUCCACUCUCCUUGCUGGCAGCUGAGACGGGACAAGGGAAGGAAGAGGAGGAGGAAGAGGAGGAGGAGAAAAGGGUCUCCACCCCGUCAGCAAGGCGCGAUUUAGCUGAAGAGAUCGAGAUGUACAUGAAUAAUAUGAGCAGCCCUUUAACAAGCCGGACGCCCAGCAUCGAUCUGCAAAAGGCCUGCGGCGACAAGAACCCCAACAAAAGAAGUCCGACCUUAGGCCAGCCGUGCCGAAGAUCAAGCCUCCCGCCAAACUCACCCAGGUCGAUAGUGCUCCCCAAAUCCAAGAGCUACCAGGUCAAAAACGAAAGAGGAAGGGACCGGCUUUGGUCCUCUCCUGUGUUCUCUCCCAACAACUUGUCAAGGGGGCAACCUGAAGACAUAUCCGGGACAGUAACGCUCGCCUCUCCAACCUCCUUCAACCUGGACACGCUCCUGACGCCGACGUUCGAUGUUCUGAAGAGCAGCAUGUUUUCUGCAGGAAAAGGGGUGGCAGAGAAGGCCAGCAGGUGGUAUUCGAAGUUCGCCACCUACGCAGCAGCGUCGAAGGAUCAAAACUCGGACCGAGCGAGCUUGUCUUCGCUUGGGGCCCUGGAUUCGGAAUCCGCCUCGUUAACCGAUGAAGACAUGUGCAACGACCUGGAAAGCAGCUCCUCUCCUCGAGAUGACGCUCCUUUUCCAAAUCAGAGAUGGUUUCUUCCUGCAGUCCAAGCAGCACGAGCGUCUUCCAGAAUUACGCCCUGGAGGUCCUGAUCUCAAGCUGUUCCCGAUGUCGAACCUGCGACUGCCUGGUUCAUGACGAAGAGAUCAUGGCAGGCUGGACGGCGGACGACUCCAACCUCAACACCACCUGCCCCUUCUGUGGAAAUCUCUUCUUGCCUUUCCUGAAUAUUGAGAUCCGAGAUCUCCGAGGACCUGGAAGGUACUUCUUAAAGCCCAGUCCUUCUUCGGAAACUAUCCAGCUUCCAUCCUCUGGGGUGAACCAGGCCGGCAAAACCUGCAUUGCUGAUCCCCUUUCAGGGUUUACUACCACUUUAAUUCCAGCUCAAAAUGACGUCGUUUCAGAAAGCAGCUGCAAGGCAAAACAUUUGGACACCUUCUGUGCCAAGAGCAUCCAGAUCCCUUCUCAGCGAAGGCAUCCUUCAGCCAAAGAGGAGCCCCUUGGCCACCCCCUGUCAAGAAGCGUCAGUGCGUACAGUUCUUUAGAGAUAGAUGAAGUGGGAGUCCAUACCCACAACCGUGUGGUGCCCACGGGGAGCUUGCCUGCAAAUUUCCAGCAGAGAAUGGAGUCUGUGCAGCUGGAGUGGCAUCUGCCUAGCCCUGAGCCCAUCACCGUUCCUUAUCUAAGUCCUCUCGUUGUCUGGAAAGAGCUUGAGAGCUUAUUGGAAAACGAAGGAGAUCACGUGAUCACCGUGGCAGAAUUUGUGGACCAUCACCCCAUCGUCUUCUGGAACCUGGUAUGGUAUUUCCGGCGGUUGGACUUACCCAGUAGUUUGCCCGGAUUGAUCCUCUCCUCUGAACAUUGCAAUAAAAAUUCCAAGAUACCCAGAAACUGCAUCUUGGAGAACAGCAAGCAUGUUCUGAUUCAGAUGUUGUGGGACAAUAUGAAACUCCACAAAGAUCCAGGACAGCCCCUCUAUAUUCUGUGGAACGCCCAGACUCAGAAAUACCCAGUGGUCCAUUUACUGCAAAAGGACGACAGUUUCUUUAACCAGGAGCUCUUAAGAAGCAUGGUCAAGAGUAUUAAGACAAAUGAUGUCUAUGGACCAAUGAGCCAGAUCCUAGAGAGGCUGAACAAAGGACCACAGAUCAAAAGGCAGAGGAGUCUUUAUAGAGAGAUACUAUUUCUCUCUCUCGUUGCUCUUGGAAGAGAUAAUAUCGAUAUAGAUGCUUUCGACAGAGAAUACAAGAUGGCUUACGAUCGUCUCACCGCGAAUCAGGUCAAGAGCACCCACAACUGUGAUCGGCCACCAAGUACUGGUGUGAUGGAGUGUCGAAAGACAUUUGGGGAGCCGUAUCUCUAGAUGGAAUCAUGGCGCGUCAUGAAGUGCUUUGUAGGUGAACAGUAAAAACAGCCGCCGCAGACUCUCCUCUGAGAAGAAGCCUCUGGGCCUUUGUCUAGAGGAGAAUUCCUGCAAGGAACACAGCCCAGGAUUACGAAAGACCCCUCUCCCUUCCCGGGCUCUCUUUUCAUCUUGACGCAGAGAUAAGCCACGUGGCGCAGAACACGGAGCAUUUUGCGGCAGAAAAGGGCAAAUCAGGGUGGACCAGAAACACGCAGGGAAGGGAGCAUGCAUCAAAUAAGCUUUUGAAAUAAACUGUUUGCCGAGGAGGUGCAAAAAGUGACAGAAAGCAGGCCAGAAUUAUAUUAUAACAGAUUUUAAAUUAUUUAUAGCAAGUUCAUAUUUUUUUAACUUUUUAAAUUCCAAGAGUGAACCGAGGGACUUCAUUGCCUGAACAAUACUUUUCAGAAUAUUGCUGUGUAUAGCAACAGGUCUGAUUUCCCCCCACCCCCUUCCUUUUUUCUAAAGAAACACCUCUUUUGUUUAGCUUUUUUUUUUUUAAUGUAACAGAGAACUUUCGGUACUAUGUUUCCUAUCCUGCAAAAUCUAUAUUUACGUAGCUCGUUUUAGCUGACAAGUAUUGCUGACUCAGUAACAGGAAGCUUGGUAAGUUAACCAGAUUUGUUACAGUUUGAACACUGAAGCUGAUGUCACUUUCCUUCUGUCCCCCCCCCAAGCUGAGAUUCUCCAAUAUUUUUCUGUAAAAAAUCAUUGAAUAUUAGAAGCUGAAUCUUUGCAAAGAACAGUCUAAAGGCAUCUGUGGAGCAGAGUGCAUGCAUCUCUGUACAGCUAGUCCUUGAAUUAACGACCACAAUUGGGACCAGAAUUCCCGUCACUAAGCAAAGCAAUUGUUAAACGGGUCAUACCUGAUGUUACAACCUUUUUGCCAUGGUUAUUAAGCAAAUCACUGCCAUCGUUAAGUCAGUUCUUAAAUUAAUCCAGCUUUCCCCACUGACUGGGAAGGCCAGAAGUGGUGAUUACACGAUUCCAGGACAUUGCAACCAUCGUAAAUACAUGCCAAGCAUCCCAAUUUUAACCACAUAAAUUGGUGCCGUGAUGCAAGUCACUUUUUUUUAAAGCGCUGUUGUAACUUUAAAUGGUCGUUUACAGGAACGGUUGUAAGUCGGGGACUAUCUGUAUAUUGCAGUAAGGAGCUGAGCAUUUGGAAGGCUGCAAAAUAUUCAGGCAGAAUUGCGUCUUUUCACUUUCUAUUGUUCAUGUCUGUGCUUCUUGGUUUUCUAAGAACCGGAGGAGUUGGCUUCCCAUAUUUCAAACUGGCAUAUUGAUGGAGAAUUAGGUGUCUGUAAAAGCAACUCCCUGCCAGAGGUGCACAGUGCUUCAAAUUCAGAUCCUGCGCAUUGCCAAAGAUGCUUUGGAGGGCUUAGGAACAUGGGAAUAGCAUCUGGAAGCAGCCGUGUCUUCCCUAUAUUGGGCAUAAAUGAUCCUUGAAAAAGACACAGUUGAUUUCCAAAAUGUUAUUCUUAUGGUUUCAUCUUUCUUAUUAUCCAAUUCAGGAGUCUCCAAACUCGGCAACUUUAAGACUUGUGGACUUCAACUCCCAGAUUUCCCCAGCCAACUUAUGCUCCCUGCCAGAGGUGCUUAUGCUGGCUGGGGAAUUCUGGGAGUUGAAGUCUACGAGUCUUAAAGUUGCCGAGUUUGAAGACCCCUGAUCUAAUUUAAAGGCAGAUUUUAUCAGAUUCAAGUCUGUGCUAAUAACAGAUGAGAUGCUGAUUUAUGCUUAAUCCAGGAAAAAAUACUUUCAGUACAAAAAAAUCAAAGAGUGACUCUGUGGACACGUCCACUAGUUUUCCUUUCAACAAGAUGAAAAGGAAACCUUUUUCCACGGUGAUUUUUGAUUUUGCAUUCUUGCCAAGAGGCCCGGGAUUUCUUACUGGUCCCCCAUAUACAAUAAAUGCUAAUUUAGCUUUUUUUUCCUCCAAGGUCAUCUCAAACUAGGUGCCCCAAUGCAUUUUAAUAAUUGCAUUAUUGAGAUUUUGAUUCCAUCAGUUUCCUUUGCUUUUGAAGGAUUUAAACAGCAUUUGCCCCUCCAUUUAAAGAAACUGAAAUCUGAAGCCAUUACAGGUGAAACUCAAAAAAUUAGAAUAUCGUGCAAAAGUUCAUUUAUUUCAGUAAUGCAACUUAAAAGGUGAA